AUGCGUUCCUUCACUUCCGGUGCCUUCCUUGGCGUCAACAUUCGCGCCUUGGAUGGCUGUGAGUAUUUCUUCUACUUUUGCUGGUGGCCUCUCACCUGGGCGUGGAUCUAUGCCCUGGUGUCGGCAGGGGAGGCGGCGCUGGAGGACCUCGCCUUGCGCCACGCGUACCCCAUGGCCGUGGAUCUCGCCUGCGUGGACCCAGAGGCAGCCGAGCCGUGCAACCGUCAUUUUAAGCUGCUGGCAGACGUCUUUGCCAAGCAGGGCUGCGUAGAGGUGAUGGAGCUGCUCUGUGCGUUGGAAGGCCCGGUGAAAAGCAAGGAGGCCAUCGCCGUGCAGGAUGGCCGGUCCAAGCUGGCUGCCUCCAGCCGGGAGGAAGUGGUGAAGGAGGCGUUCUUGUGGUACCUGCGAAGCCGAGUGAAGGCCCAGACCGCAGGGAAUGGUGGGAAGGAAGCCUCUAUGGCGGAGCUGAGGAACCUCAUGUCGCAGCACUAG